CAGUGGCUUAGGGCCCAAGACCUCAGGUCUCACCUCCCUGGGCCGCCUGGAGUUCCUGCAGCAGCCACUGCCCUGCCCAAUCCCUCCCAUACCCCACCAUGUUGGUGGGUACCCCCAACCUGCUGACACUGGAUGAAGCUGAUGCCACCUGGACCCUCAUCAAGGAUAAGGUCAUCGAGGAGCACUUUGGGCCCAACGCAGUAGCAGUACCUUUCCUGUCAGAUGCAGCCUGCUAUGACCUACUGGGUGUGCUGGUAAAACAGUCCCGCCCAGCCCAUACCCGCCUGGCUUUGCCAGGUCGGCAGGGCCGGAGGGCACUGAAACCAGUGGGGCCACUACCAAGCCUCCUGGAGCAGGCAGGAUCUGAGGGUGCCUUCGCCCACUGCACUCGGGAAUACUCACCAAAUGGCCGAGCAGAGAUAGCCUAUGAAGAGAUGCGAAUGUUGGAUGGACAGCCCUGCAAGAUCCGCCUACAUAUGGGUGGCCUGCGCAAGAAGGUUGCCUUCCUGUUGCUGCCACCAGGGCAGGUGAGCCUACAGCAGACUCUUCCCUGGCUCCGAAGCACCCACAGCGUCUAUGUCAUCUACCAGGUCUUCUCUUGUUCCUGGCUGCAGCUGGGGCUGAUGUCUACAGCCCGUGAGCCCCAGCUCCUCCGGCUACUUCGGUCAUUACCUGUUGCCUUCUCCUGCCUCAAGUUUUCACUGCAGUCUAAGGGCGUGCUGGGACCACAGAAGCCUCUGACUAAAGACCCAUUGCCCCAUGGGGCCAACUGGGUCAGACCUAACUUCAGCAUCAUGCCACCUCUGGCCCCCACAUCAGCACCUGCUGAUACAACUGAAGCUGCUGAUGUGCCCCCACCUGUCCCAGCCCCACCUACGCCACCUCCCCAGGAAGGGCCAGAGGGCAAACCCACCAGAUUCUCCUACAAGGGCCGAAACCCCUUCCGGAGGGGGCCCCAGAUACUGUCAGAGAACUGGCUCUUCAGCCCCCGCAGCCCUCCACCAGGAGCCCAGGGUGGGGGCCCCAGGGACCCCGACGGGCACUCCAUGUCCCUGCCCCUGCUGCAGGGUCUAUCCUCGGAGUUCGACAGCGACAACUGAAGCUGAAGCAAAAGAUUCCGGGGGCAAAGCCCCCAAGAUCUGGCAUAGGGGUACUGGUCUCUAAUAAACAUCAGCUGCUGCUCCCCCAAACCA